GCUUCUAAGUGCGGGAGAUUUGGGAUUAUCAAAUGUCCAGCAAAGUCGUUAAUCCGAAAACAAAAAGAAGUAGAUAUCCUCGAACAGUUGUCCAGAAGUUGAAGUCUGUCGGGCAAGCUAUUGAACCUAAUUUACCAGUAAAUGGUGUCUCGGGUGCUGAUAAACCAUCUUCAAACAAUGCAUACUGUCCUCAUUGGUCUCACGAUGACCUAAUUUCGGGUGUCAGAAAUGGAACACUUCUAUCAGGUAACCUUCGUAUCAAUCCGAAAAACUUCGAAGAUGGAUACGUAAAGCACCCGGCUGGUGAUGCUGAUGUAUAUAUCUCAACUUUAGCAUCCAGAAACCGAGCACUACCAAAUGAUAUCGUUGCUGUCAUGCUGGAACCAAAGCGCAACUGGAGGGUAUUUGAUUCUUUUAUCGAUGAAGCCACCAUGCGAGAAAUCGGGGAUUCAAAUCAGAAGAAGAAACUUAGAUAUGUUACUUUGGAGCAGUUUCUUAAGAUUCAACCCAUGGGGUUAGAGCAACUCAUAGGAAGUUGUCUUGCAGAAGAGAUAGCACAGGAUCUAGAUUCACCUUCAGAUCCUAUUGAUUCCUCCUCAAGUGAGCAAGAUGUGCAAAGUCACAAAGCUUGGUGGGCGAUUAUACAGAGGACUGGCCAUGUUGUUGGAAUCCUUCAAUCGCUACAUUCCCGUGCUUUCAUAGGAAAUCUUCAAAUUCCUAGUAAUUUCCAAACUCCAAAAAAAGUAUCUCCGAAGGGUGAUCAGAAUAACAACCAAUCAGAGGCUAUACGUACAGGUCCAGUUCUUUCUAAUUGGAAGAAUGCUGUGCUCAUACCUACGGAUACACGCCUACCACGAGUCUUCAUACCUCGUGAAGCUUGUCCGGAAGGAUUCCUGAAAAAUCCCGAAACCUACAAAAACGUUCGUUUCAUUGGUCGUAUCACUGAAUGGUUUGAUUCGAAUAUGUUCCCGAAAGGGGAGUUGUUACGAGAAUUGUCUUGUGACUCUUCCACUCUGAUUCAGGAUGAAACGGAUAGGAUUUUAGUUGGCGCAGGAUUUAUUUGGGGUGUGGAAGCAGCUUUCCAGUUUCCUGAUAUUGUCACUGAAUCAGUUCGUAAGUCUGUUGAUGACGUGAAUGCUAUUCGUGAGAAGGAUUUUAUUUUCCGUAAAGAUUUUCGAAAAUAUUGUGUUUUUACGAUUGAUCCCAGUACCGCUAGAGAUCUUGAUGACGCUUUGCAUAUUAGACAGUUGGAACCGAGUGAAAUAGAAAAAUUAGAAUGCAGCGGUUAUCGAAACGCAUUUUACGAGGUUGGCGUACAUAUAGCUGAUGUUUCAUAUUUUGUGAAACCAGACAGUCCAGUUGAUAAGGAAGCGGCGUCCAGAGCAACUUCUAUAUAUCUAGUGCAACUGUGCGUGCCUAUGCUUCCACGUCUACUUUGUGAAGAACAAUGCAGUCUUAAUCCAGGAGAAGAUAAGUUAGCGUUUUCUGUGGUAUUCACUGUAACUGAGGAUGCCAAGAUUUUAACAACAUGGUUUGGUCGUACAUUUAUUCGUUCCUGUUGUAAACUCAGUUAUGAAGAUGCUCAGGAAUUUAUUGAUCACCCUGAUAGGGACUGGUCGUCCAAUGAAUUUGUCAAGGUAGAUCAACCAUAUACCGUAAUGGAUAUUUGUAAAAAUGUCUUGAAGUUAAACGAUCUGGCUACUAAAAUGCGUAAAAGUCGUUUUCACUCUGGAGCGCUUCGCUUAGAUCAAGUAAAGUCUACCUUUUCUCUUAAUAACGAAAAUGGACUACCAUUGGGUAUAGCCCCUUACAUUUCGAAGCAGAGUAAUUGGCUUAUUGAAGAAUGGAUGUUAGCAGCAAACAAAUCAAUUGCUGAACGCUUAGCUAAAUACUUACCCGACUCAGCUUUUUUGAGACGACAUCCACCACCGUCUGUAAAACAGCUGACCGAAGUUUCGUCUAGUCUAAAUGUUGCUGGGAUAAAUAUUAAUAUUGAUUCUGCCGGUUCAAUACAGGAUUCAAUUUGCCGUGAAGCAGGUUGUAAUGUCGAAGUUGGAUAUCACUACUCAGAUGCCCUUGUCAAAUUGUGUGAUGAUUUUAUGUCCAAUGUUUUGAUUCAUGAUGGCGAUUUAAUAGAAGAAAUGCAAAGAGUGGACCUCAACUCAGUUGUUCAAAAGGAGAAGUUACUACUCAAAACUCUUGAACAUGAAGCACGACUUCUUGUUACAGUUGCUUUAUUGACUAAAACAAUGAAUUUGGCUGUCUACUUCUGUUUAGGUCUACUACCAUCCGAGUUAUCGCCCUCACACUAUGCUUUAAAUAUGCAAUUGUACACACAUUUCACUUCUCCUAUUCGUCGUUACGCAGAUGUUAUUGUUCACCGGCAAUUGUCAGCUACUUUGGCGAAAGAAGAAAGUGAUCCUGAAAAAGCAGAUUGGUAUUUAAGUACAGCCUUUCCAAAAGAAAUGACGCCAGUCGAAUUGCAACAACAAGCUGAGGUUUGCAAUUCUAAAAAAUUGUCUGCUCGACUUGCUGGGGAAGAAAGUGCUGAAUUAUUCUUUGUUCUAUUUGUCAAGGAAACAGGUCCAUUUAACGAAGUAUGCGCUGUAACAUCUGUGCUCGAUCGUUCAUUUGACGUUCUUAUCCUUUCUUGUGGUCUCACUAAAAGAGUUUAUUUACAGAAUCUAAAUUUGAAAAGUUAUGAAUUUGUUCCUCCCAAAACCGGUAUGGGAAAAGUCGUGGAGAGUGGAAAACUCUGUCUUCUGUGGAAUAGUGAUUUAUUAGAAAAUUUCAAUAUAAAGGGUUCGGAUUCUGCAGAUUGUAUUCAAAAUAUUACUGUUGGUUCGAAAACUACAUUAUCAAGUUGUGGUUGCUUUUAUAUGGAAAUUAAAGUUUUUGAUGUUGUCCGGUGUCGCGUUUCAGUUGAUUCUUGCAGUUCAAUAGACGAUGCCAGUCAGUGUGGUCGUCAAAAUACCUUAUUGCCAAAAUUACUUGUAUGUCCAAUUAUUGUUUAAUAAUUUGUAUUUAAAUGCACAUAAAAAUGCCUUGUGGACGGAUAUUCAUCUGUUCUUAAAAUAUAAAAUAAGUGUGAUUUAGUAAGGGAAGGAUGCUGUUGUUAAUGGUGUAGUAUAGUGUUACUCUUUUGUAACUCAUACCCUUUCUUUGUCUUCAUUUGUAUCUCUUAUAAGAAAUUAGUAAACACCAGUAAAAUAACACGGCAUGUGAGUUUUCUGUAUUUUACAACAUCCGAUCAAUGCUACGUUUCACGCGGCCUGUAUUUUUGUAAUGUUCCAUUAAUUUGAAAAUGUGAUUCACUUAUGACAUUUUAACCUAUAUGAAAUCCUUUGUAUGUAACUUAGUUGAUUCAAUGUAGCUCAGUUACUAUGAUGCGUUUACUCAGUGGUUGAAUCGUUCGACUUUCAGCCACUAAGUCAUAGGUUCGAAUCCCUGUUCAUCUACUUCGGUCCGAAAGCUUUAUUGUAUCAUUGACCGUUUGUUUGUAUAGCAAGUUCUAUUUUUGAUAUCCACUUGUACCAGAUUUUAUGUAUAGUUAACAAUAUAAUUAAAAUACCUCAGUAACCAUUCACAAAUUUACAUACUAUAUGUUAUGGCUUGUAAUACUGCACGGAUUCAAAAAGCUCGUUUGGCUUUCGCCAACUUACGUCACCUAUGGCAAAAGCGAGAUAUUCGUCUAUCGUUUAAGGGACGAGUAUACUUUGCAGCCGUUCGUUCUGUUUUAAUUCAUAACUGAGAAAAAUUAAUAGUAGAGGAUACUCGUAAGGUACUAGUAUUCGAUCACGGAUGUCUUAGAAAUAUUGCUCAUAUUUACUGGGAUCACUGGGUAAAUAAUAGUAAGGUUAGACACACGGUAUUGUGGUAAAUCAGUCGAUGAGGUUGUGAAUCUUUAUGGACUGAGAUGGUUGGGUCACAUAUUACGUAUACCCAGCUCCCGACUACCACGUCGCGCAGUGCUGACUUGUGUUGUAGACGGCUGGAAGAAAUUUAGGGACGACCAAGCUAAAACGUGAUAUCAGUCCAUAAAGUCACCAACUUCUGGUCUGAUUCAUGUUGGUAGAUGUAGACUACUUGGUUGGGGUCCACAUGACUAUCGUAACCAAUAGUUGAAGACUUGGUUACAUGGCUCAGAAUUGAUCACAAAGCAUAGGUGAAUACCCUCUGUGUCUUCCCUUAAACCGUGAGAUUAAGACUACUUUCUACAAACCAAUUCAUCUCCCUUCUAUCAUAUUUACUUACGUACGCCUGUUACCCCUCGUGGAGGACCAUAGGCUGCCUAGGAGUACGCUCCACCCAGCCAUUUCCUGGGCAAUCCUUUCCAGUUGUUUCCAUUUACUAUUCAUCCUUUUUAUGUCUGCUUCCAUUUCCCGACGUAAUAUGUUCUUCGAUCUUCUUUUCUGUUUUCCUUCAGGAUUCCGAGUUAGGGCUUGUCUCAUAGUGCAGUUUGAUAAUUUCCAUAAUAUAUGUCCUAUACACUUUCAACGUCUUAGUUUCCUCUUCAACUGGAAGAUGGUUUGUUCUCUCCCAUAGUAGGCUGUUGCUGACAGCAUCCUGCCAACGGACAUUGAUUAUUUUACGCAGACAACUGUUUCUAAAUACUUGUACCCUCGAAGUUCCAAUUCCAUAUAGUAGAACUGUCUUGAUGUUCGUAUUGGAGAUUCUGACUUUGAUGUUGAAUGACAGUUGAUUUGAGUUCCAUAUUUUUUUCAACUGUAGAAAUGCGGCCCUUUCCCAAUCCUCGCCUUUACGUCUGCAUCAGAUCCCCUUUGUUCAUCGAUGAUGCUUCCCAAAUAAGUGAAACUUUCCACCUCUUCCAGAGUUUUUCUGUGAAGUGUGAUCGGGCUGGUAUUCUCCGUAUUGUGUUUGAGGAUGUUGCUUUUUCUCUUGUGUAUGUUGGGGGAUACUGAUGCAGAAACUGCUACUACACUGUUUGUCGUAACCUGCAUUUAUUGGUGUGUAUGGGAUAGAAGAACUAUGUCAUCUGUGCAGUCUAGUUGCAUGCAACAUGUCCAUUGUAUUCCGUGCUUCCCCUUAGAUGUGGAGGUCUUCAUAAUUCAGUCAACCACCAGAAGAAAGAGAAAGGUGGAGAUUAAGCAGCCUUGUCUGAUUGCAGUCCUUACUUGGAAUGUGGCUGUCAGCUCUCCUCCAUACACGACUAUGCACUGUAGUCUGUCGUAUGAGUUCUGGAUAAUAUUGACAAUCUUCUCAGGUACACCAUAGUGUCGAAGAAGUUCCCAUAAGGUCGUCCUAUACACACUGAAACGCCUUCUCAUAGUCAAUGAAGUUGAUGUAUUGUGACGAGUUCCACUCAACUAAUUGUUCAGCGAUGGUGCGUAGUGUGGCGAUUUGGUCUGUGUAUGACCGAUCCUUACGGAAUCCAGCUUGUUGAUCCCGAAGUUGGACGUCUACUGAGUCUUUCAUCCGGUUCGGCAACACUUUUGAAAACGUUUCUUUGUAUCGACAGUAGUGUGAUUUCUCUAUAGUUUCACAUAAUCAGAGAAUGCGUGUGAAUCUCAGCUUUAUUUCAUGACAAACAGAGACAAGGAUAACGUUUUCAGGACGUUUACAAUGAAUCUUUGUGAACGAUAAAAAUAUCUUCCUAUUUCCAUC